AUGAGCCAGCAACCAUCGGUGAUCCUAGCAACGGCUAGCUAUGACCACACUAUUCGGUUUUGGGAGGCCAAAAGUGGCCGCUGCUAUCGUACCAUCCAAUACCCUGAUUCACAAGUUAAUAGGCUCGAGAUUACUCCAGAUAAACGCUUCCUGGCUGCAGCCGGCAAUCCUCACAUUCGAUUAUUUGAUGUUAAUUCAAACAGCCCUCAACCGGUGAUGAGCUAUGAUUCACAUACUAAUAAUGUAAUGGCAGUGGGAUUUCAAUGUGAUGGAAACUGGAUGUAUUCAGGUUCUGAGGAUGGUACAGUAAAAAUUUGGGAUUUGAGAGCUCCAGGUUGUCAACGGGAAUAUGAAAGCCGUGCAGCUGUUAACACUGUUGUGCUGCACCCAAAUCAGACUGAACUGAUAUCUGGGGACCAAAAUGGUAAUAUUCGUGUUUGGGAUUUGACAGCAAAUUCAUGCAGCUGCGAACUGGUUCCAGAGGUGGAUACGGCUGUAAGGUCAUUAACAGUGAUGUGGGAUGGGAGCCUGGUUGUUGCAGCAAAUAAUCAUGGUACAUGCUAUGUUUGGCGCUUGUUGCGGGGAACCCAGACUAUGACAAAUUUUGAGCCACUUCAUAAGCUGCAAGCACACAAGGGAUACAUCCUCAAAUGUCUUCUUUCACCUGAAUUCUGUGAACCCCACAGAUAUCUGGCGACCGCCUCUUCUGACCACACUGUCAAGAUAUGGAAUGUUGAUGGUUUCACAUUAGAGAAAACUCUAGUAGGACAUCAGCGGUGGGUAUGGGACUGUGUUUUCUCAGUAGAUGGUGCCUAUCUUAUAACAGCUUCCUCAGAUACAACAGCAAGACUUUGGUCCAUGUCCACUGGUGAAGAUAUCAGGGUGUAUCAGGGGCAUCACAAAGCAACCAUUUGUUGUGCACUUCAUGAUGGAGCUGAACCUUCUUCAUCCUGA